GGUAUGUCGGCUACCCCGGAUCGGAGGAGGAUAGUACACGCAGAGGAGACGUUGCAGGAUACGACUGGAAGUGCUAGAGAUAUGAGAAACGAGGGAAGAGAGAGGAGAAUGGACUGAAACGACGUCGAGCAGUUGUCUCUCUACAAUCAUCACCAUGAGCGACUCAUCUGGGACCAAUGCUCCGCACGCUGGCUUUGAUGGAGGACAAGAUGUGUCUUUGGUCAGAACGGCUGGCGGACAUGAGGCAACAACCUCACAGCAGCCAGCUUUUCCUGACUUUCACCGCAAGCUCGCCGAUCCGUCUGGUUUUGCCUGGCUCGCUUUGGGCUCAGCUAUGACGCUCUAUGCUGUCAAUGUGAUCGGAUCUAGAGGUAUCGAACUGCCAAAUGCAGCAACGCCCGGUAUGCUCGCCUUGGGAGCAGUCCUGCUAGCUCUGGCUACCAUCUUCGAGUUUAUCUCGGGGAGGACCUUUGCAGGUACUAUGUUUGGGGUCUACAGCGGCUUUUUUGGAGGAUUCGUGAUCAUUCACGUUGCAUGGUUCGGCAUCACGGGUUCGUAUGACGGGCAGAGACCGAACAAUUACGCCCCGACAGGCACAGCUGGAUCUGAGCUGGCGAGCCUUCAAGGACUCUGGAUAAGCACUUUUGUCAUAUUUGUCCCCAUCCUUUUCCUGGCCGCUACACGUCAAUCCGGGACCAUCAUGGCAUUUUUGGGAAGCACGGAGGUGUUUUUCAUCUUGCAGAUGAUCCAUUUCUUCCAGGGCUCAGACCCAGCGACGAAGCUGGCAAAGGCGACUGGUGCUUUUUCCUUUCUCAGCGGUAUCAUCGCUUGGUACAAUGGAGCAACCAGUCUGUUGACAAGCGACUCUGCAUUCUUUACUCUCCCCACCUUCGAUGUUGUUAAGUCUGACUAGGACUUGUGUCGUG